AUGAUAGUUGUUUUUAUCGUAACUGUUGAUUGUGGUGCACAUGCAGCAGAUACUGGGAAAGAUAAAGCGUAUACAUUAAUAAAUAUAGAGAAAUUUAAUCAUGAGGCGACCAAAAAUUUUUGCAAAUCUUUUGAUUAUGUUGUAGCAGAUGUUGAUGUCAUUUUUAAGGAUGUAUCGAAAAUAACUGAGAGUGAUGUUGAAAUUUUAAAGAAAUGGGAUCGUGCCGAUAAAAAAUUGAUUCUUUAUAAGACGAUUAUGGAUGUUGAUACACUAUAUACUAAUGCACUAGCUGAAAAAUUACAAGAAUUUGAUUACACUAAGCAUUUAAAAAUCGUUACUCCUGUGGAUGCACUCGUCUGGCAUCUAAACAAAAUUGAUUUCAGUGGAAAAGCAUAUGUUAUUGGAGAUGAUGAUUUUAUUGAUUUUGUAAAAAGUCUGGGUAUUGAAACUAUUUCUAGUCCGGACAAGGUAUCAUACAGUGACUAUUAUACUGGUUACAACGCGACGCUUAAUAAUAAAGUUAAAGCUGUAAUUAUUGCAUUUGAUCUUAAUAUAAAUCUUUAUAAAAUGAGCCAAGCUAUUCGUUACUUGAGCAAUCCGGAGGUUAAAUUAUUCUUAACACAUCCAAAAACAAUCUUUCUAGCCAAUUAUUAUAAAGUUUGGAUUAAAAAAUUGAUAGCGGAUACCAAGAGAACCAAAUUAUAUAUCGACCAAUUAGACGGUGUCUUUGGAGAUUUUCUUGUUGAAGAAAAUCAUUUAAAUAAUAAAGUAUUAACAAUUACAACUGACGCUUCUGGGAAUCGGAAUUUCACUAUAAAGCAUAAAUACAAACCUCUAUUAAUAGGAGACUGGAAAGUUAAGAAAGAAAUUGAUUUAGAACAAACGUAUUAUAAAGUCGAUCAUUGGACUGGAUUGCCUUGGUGUUAAACAUUGAAAUAAAUUGAUAUUAAUUAGCAGAAGGUGGAAUAAAGUGAAACACCCAGAAAGAACAAAAAUCAACAGAUUGACCAAUGUAUUAAAAAUGUUAAUAGUUUUUAAUGAAUUAAUAAAUUGAAUAAUUAGUAAACAAA